CUUUUCCCGAUCAAUUACUGUUUCCAGUCCCUCGGUCCAACUCGGCCAAUCUCACUUAGUGAGUCCGUCAUAAAUCUCGGCUAGGGGAGACGUAAAAAAAAUCAACGAGACUGAGAGACAGUGUGGAAAUCUGUGUAGGAGGACUGAAUAAGGAAAAAGAACAGUCGCCCGCCAGCCACAGCAAAUAACAAAGGCGCACUGUUAUCAGAAAACCUCGCUCAAAUACACGGGGGACGAUCAAAACCAGAUUUGAGAUGGGCAUCGUAACGUACAUUGUCGUUGCCAUGGUAAUUCCCAUCUCGAUCAUUGACACUAAGACGAUCAGCCGCUGUGCAGCAAACAAGAUCCGCGCCUGCAGACAGCACUUUAUUUAUGGCAAGUUUGACGUGACCUGCUUCCACGUGAGUAAGAACUGCGACCAGAAAUGCAUCUCGGCAGGGUGCACCCUGCACUGCGACACGCCCAAACACUGCCGCCAGAAAUGCCUUUCAAGCGGAUGCAAGAAAAUGGUUUGUAACGCUGCUAAAUGCACGCAAAUGUGUGCGCGCAGUCGAUGUAACAUGGAAUGCAAUGCGGGAAAAUGUAAGCAGACGUGUGAAGGGGGGUCGUGUACUAUGGCAUGUCCGCCAAAUGCGAGGAAGUGUCUGCAGACGUGUAAUGGAGGCGGGUGUCACAUGACCUGCCCACGUGGUGUGGGCUACUGCCACCAGACAUGCGCACAUGGCCGAUGCUUCAUGAGCUGUGACGGGAAGGAGUGCGUGAGAAAGUGCGGAGAAAACGGCGAGUGCCAGUACUCGCGUGAGCCCGAGCCCCCCAGGCAAAUCGAGUACAAGAAAAUCCGGGAGUGCCGGGUAGCGAAGGGAGGGAUCUGCCACCAGAAAUGCCCCUUCCAGUGGUGUGACCUGAACUUCAGCAAGCGUGACGAUAAGCGUGACGGCAAGCAGGUGUGUAUCGGAGGCUCGUGUUUGUUCCGGUGUAACUCCAAGGGGGGACGCUGUUGGCAGGAUUGCACGGGCGGGAAAUGCCUAAAUAUGUUCUGUAACUCAAGGAUGUGUAUCCAGUCGUGCGGAGGCGGGGGAUGCAAGAUGAGGUGCAACGCGCUCAAGUGCCAUCAGAUUUGUGUAGGCGGUGGCUGUUCCAUGGAGUGCGAUAGAAAAUCCAAGAAGUGCUAUCAGUCGUGCCAAGGUGGACACUGCACAAUGAAGUGUAAAGCCCCGAGGUGCUACAAGCUAUGUGACAGCAAGACUUGUAUAAUUCCCACUAAGGCACCUCCCUUGCCGCGCGAAUGUAAAACUCUGAGGGGCGAUAGCUGCAAACAAGAAUGUAAGACAGCCAAGUGCGCGCUGACUUGCAAGGGAAAGGGUACAUACGGGUCCUGCGAUCAGACUUGCGAGCGAGGGAAAUGUCAGCUGAGAUGCAACACACGCGAGAACUGUAAGCAGACGUGCAAGGAAGGGAAAUGCUUGACUAUGAGCUGCAAGGCAAAGAAUUGUGACCAGGAAUGCCCGGGAAACCAAUGCCGCAUGGCCUGCACGUCUGAUAAGUGCCGUCAAGUCUGCGCAGGGCGUAGCUGCAGCAUGGAGUGCGCGCGCGGCACACGCGAGUGCCACCAGGAGUGUAAGGGAGGCGGCUGCGUGUUCAACUGCCGGGGGAAGAAGUGUUCUUAUUCCUGCGAGGGUGGUGGGUGUAUCACACGCGUGGCCGAAGAGUUGGAUGGUGACACAAACUCGGUGACGGAUCGUGUCUAUUUAUUGUCGCUCAUUCCAUUAAAGAAACACAACAACCGGCGUGAAGUGGCGUGAAGUAAAGUUUAACGCAUGGUUUAACGGUAUAUCUAAGGCAGUACGGAUACAUUAAACAACAAAAAGAAAGAUCAAAGGCAUUUACCCAGGAUGGUCUUGAAGGUUGUCUAUCCUGGCAAUAAGUGAAGCACAAGGGUACAAACAUAACGACACAGCGAGUGAAGCAGGGUACAAACAUGACGAUACAGCGAGUGAAGCAGGGUACAAACAUGACGAUACAGCGAGUGAAGCAGGGUACAAACAUAACGACACAGCGAGUGAAGCAGGGUACAAACAUGACGAUACAGCGAGUGAAGCAGGGUACAAACAUAACGACAAAGCGAGUGAAGCAGGGUACAAACAUGACGAUACAGCGAGUGAAGCAGGGUACAAACAUAACGACACAGGGAGUGAAGCAGGGUACAAACAUGACGAUACAGCGAGUGAAGCAGGGUACAAACAUAACGACACAGCGAGUGAAGCAGGGUACAAACAUAACGACACAGCGAGUGAAGCAGGGUACAAACAUAAUGUUACAGCGAGUGAAGCAGGGUACAAACAUAACGACACAGCGAGUGAAGCAGGGUACAAACAUAACGACACAGCGAGUGAAGCAGGGUACAAACAUAACGACACAGCGAGUGAAGCAGGGUACAAACAUAACGACACAGCGAGUGAAGCAGGGUACAAACAUAACGAUACCGCGAGUGAAGCAGGGUACAAACAUAACGACACAGAGAGUGAAGCAGGGUACAAACAUGACGAUACAGCGAGUGAAGCAGGGUACAAACAUAACGACACAGGGAGUGAAGCAGGGUACAAACAUGACGAUACAGCGAGUGAAGCAGGGUACAAACAUAACGACACAGCGAGUGAAGCAGGGUACAAACAUAACGACACAGCGAGUGAAGCAGGGUACAAACAUAACGAUACAUCACAGCGUCUUUGUAGUUGUUCCCCAUACAUGAUAAUUCACUUAUUAUUAUAUUCUAUAAAGGGGAUAGUAAGGGUUGGAUAAUUCCAUAGAACACGAGCGGUCACUAUCCAGCUUUCUUAGAACAUUUACACCGGCACAUGUUGAGAUGCUUUUAUACUAGAAGGCACUGGACAAAAUCGACAUCAACAUGAAUGUAAAGCAAUGAAAAUAAUACCUGACUGUGGAAGGCCACCAAGUUAUCAACAUCAUUGGGCAAAUAAAACUAGGUUUCUUGCUCCGA